AUGAACUGUCUCACACGACUCUUUAAGUAAGUAACAUAUUUAGAAGUGGGAACCCAAAAGCAGUUUUUAGAAAAUUCACUUGGGGCAUUAGACUCAAAAAUAAUCGAGCAAGCAGCCGUCAUCUUCGUGAAUCACAUCAUGUAAAAUAGAGUAAAUACUCAAGGCCUAGGUGGAGGAAACACUUUAAAAACUCACUGCCUCGCAUGUAUGUAUUAUAAUAAAGCAAUUAUUGAUUGAUAACCCUGCAGCGAAGGAUGAUGCAUGUGUUCAGUCCCUUGGAAGCGUCUCCUGUUGCUCCCUAAAAGUUUCCUGGCACUCGCUUCCGUGUUCAAUUUCUAAAUUUAAAAAUCUCUAGUUAAUCAAUAAGCAUUUCAUUUCAAUGUUAUUUUCAGUACUGUACCGAUCAGUGUGAUGUUGAUGCAGACAGUCACGGCCAAUGAUGCUCAUCUCCCAUAAGCGUUUUCUCCGAUUUCCGGGUACGGGGACCGUACGUGUCCGUUGUACUCGCUAUGCCUCUUAAGAAGAUUCGCCCACGAUCUUCCAAGAACCGUUCCACAUGAUAGACAUGACAGCGUAACUUGUUUUCGUCACGCAAUCUUCAUAAAUUACAUGUAUUUGACAAGUGCCUGAUAAGUGCUUGAAAUUAACACAAUCUUUUCUGUUGACAGGAGAAUGACUUUGACACAAGAGAUUGGACUGAGAGAUGUUUUGAUACCAUUGGAAUGCGUAAUCCAUUUGAACUCAGAGCUGAAGAUCUCUCAGAGCAGCCAAACUACUUCACUUGUGCCUUCAGAAAAGACAAACUUGACAAGUACGUUUUCUUUGUUAACCAUCAGGAUUAUGGUUAACAAAUGGUUAUGGUUAACCGUGAUGAUUUCUUCAAAAGUGCUCAGCGAAGCAGAAUUGUAA